GGAGAGAGGCGUGACAGAGCGAGCAGAGAGGAGAGGGAAUAGCGUUGUUAAAGAUAAAAUAACCAACUCUUUCUCUUUCCUGUUAGCUUUUUUUUUUUUUUCUUUUUUUAAAUUAAAGUGCUCAGGUGCGCUCGUCUGCACCAGCUGGGGGGGGUUUUCCAGCGUUUGUUUUUCUAAUUUGCCAAGUCUGAGAAGCAGAAAGAAGAAGUGCGUUUUUAUCGUUUGGAUUCCGGACUUCUUUACUGAGUUUUCCUCUUUGCAUCAAGCAUGGAUGUGUUGGCGAAUUACAGUAUUUUCCAGGAACUCCAACUCGUUCAUGACACUGGUUAUUUCUCCGCGAUGCCUUCCCUGGAGGAGAACUGGCAGCAGACAUGUCUAGAGUUGGAGCGGUAUCUACAGACGGAGCCCAAACGACUCUCAGAGCUCUUUGAUGACGAGCUGGAUUGUCUCUUAACACCAGCAUUCAUGCAGGGUGGUGACAGUGAUGAAGACCUGAUGGACCCUCUCCUCCCCAGCCUGCCCGACCAGCCCAGCCCGCCUCCACUACUUGUAACUCUCCCCAAGGUCCAGGCCAAGAUCCUCCAGGUGCCCAACCCCAGCAAGACCCAAGCGGAAGCGGGGGCUGAAACCCUCACAACCAAGGAGCAAGUCCUCGGAGGAGUCAGCGCUGCACAGCUUAGCGCUGCUGUUACAUCCCUAACACCGCCGUCAUCACCAGAGCUCGGCCGCCACCUCAUCAAACCCACACAAACACUCACUGCAACGGCAGACGGUACCUUAACACUCAAAUUUGUGGCAAAGAAGGUAGGGUUAGGGGCCGCUAAGCUGGUGGCAGCACGAGCAUUACCGUCCCCGCCAAGCCGAGGAGGGACCCUCAGUGACAGCGAGGUGGGAGGAGGAGGAAGUCUGGGAGGAGAUGUGCCAGAGAACAAGAAGAGAGUCCACCGGUGCCAGUUUAAUGGCUGUAGGAAGGUUUACACCAAGAGUUCCCAUCUGAAGGCACAUCAGAGGACCCACACGGGUGAGAAGCCCUAUAAGUGCUCAUGGGAGGGCUGUGAAUGGCGUUUUGCCCGCAGUGAUGAGUUGACACGACACUACCGCAAACACACCGGAGCGAAGCCAUUCAAGUGCAACCACUGCGACAGGUGUUUCUCUCGGUCAGACCACCUGGCCCUGCACAUGAAGAGGCACAUCUGAGGGCAAAAAGAAAAGGAGUGGGAGAGUGGAAGAAGCAAGAGGAGGAAGAGGAGGAGGAGGAGAGAUAGGAGGAAAGAGGGAUGGGCAGUCGAGCUACCAACCGCCCGCCUCAUUCACACCGUCUAAAAAAAACAAACAAAAAAACCAGUCGGCGGCCAUGACGCCUGCAGGGCAGCGCAUCCAUCUGAGACGGCCAUCAAGAUCGAACGGACUGACGGUCCUCCCAUCGAAGACGGGGAUUGGAGGAAAACGAGGAGUAGCUAGAUUGUUGUUUUUCUUUAAACUUACACACUGACACACUUGCAAUAGUAAACAGUCCACACACCCGUCUCUGAAUGCAUCAUCUUGGUGACCCCCAGCUGCUGCCACGUGGUUCUGGGGGCUGGGACACUGCCAAACCAACAUAUACUUAACUCGCUUGAUGAAACAUUAUGCCACCUUUUUUCUUUCUCUGUAUUCAGUGUGUUUAAACCAUAAAGUCACUUUGGGUGAGGAGAUAGUUCAGUGGGGAAACUUUAAAUAUCCGUAUAGUCAGCUGUUAGUGCUUUUCCGGCUUCUGAAAUCAAAUACUCAACUUUUUCUUUGUUUUUUUAAAUGUUUUUCAUACACGGAACAUGAGAAACCAUCAUCUGCCGCAGUCAGCUUCAGUAAUCUAUGUGAAGAAAACAACAAUACCGAAUCUGCAGGAGAGAGACUGUACAGAUUGACUUCUAGCAUGGCUGACAAUCGAACCCAGGGCUCAGACGCUGGGUGUUUUGGUGCACCCAUGGGACCUCGGUCAGCGGGUGCUGCUGCAACUCUCAGGCUCUCCUUCAGUGGGUGUUUGCAUCUCUCACCUUCACCGAUACGCCUGCCGCCUCCGCAGGCCAUCUGACAGAAAUGCGCAGCGACACUUUCUUCCCUUUUUUUCUACUUAGAGGACAAUAAUUCUUCUUGUUGUUAUUACAAAGAAUGAUAAUUUGUUCUUUUCUCUCUUGGAGAAAAUGUCUUAAAACUCACUGAAUUGUGUUAGAAAAAAAAAAACUGAAAAUCUAAGAUGACUUCAACAGAAUGUGUGGGACGAGAAGGAGAGCGUUGUUGGUCUUUUAAUCCCCAUGUGCACUGACUCCGCUUCUGCGGUCUGUAAGCAACCAGAGGAUGAACAAAAAACAGAAUCAUACCAACUCUCAGAAAACGGAUUUGUAUUUUUUUGGACUAAAAUAAAAGAAGAGAGCAGGGAGGUCUUCAGUUUUUUUUUGUGCUGCUCUUUCUGCCCUGCGAUUCACUCCAGCUGAAAAACAAAACCCCGGCUUGACCCUCCGUGGACUCGCACACUACCAGAGUCAGGCGGAGGACUCGCUAAAAACUGGAAACCCGCUUGUGUUUUUUGGUUUGUUUUUUGGUUUUGCCUUUUUGCUUUUUGUUGAUUCUAAAAGUCAUCCCAGAGCGGUUUCACAGACUCUGAGAUCUUAUCUCCCUAGCAGCACUGCAGGGAAGCAGAGGAGGCUGCAGUGCUGCUUUUUGUUUAUUCACGUGGGACAAAAGACGCCAACCAACCUCUGCGUGGUGGUGCCGAAUCGACACGGUCACACUGGCCCAGUCAAAUUUGCCUGUUUCGUAUCCAUUGACUGCACUGACUUUUUUUCAAUGUUAUCUGUGCUUUUUUUUCUACAGCGAAAAAAAUAUGGAAAAAGAGAAACACAAAGAAAAAAAAUCAUAAAAAGACUUGAAAAAAUACAAUACAAAAACAAUGCUGUCUCGCUCUACACAUUGCAUACAGAACAAACACACAUACUCGGUCAACACACACGCACUAACACUGCAGUUUCUUUGCUCACGGCUCUUCUUGAGAUAAGACUAAUAAGAUUUAGGAAAAUAAUUAUUAAACUAAUGAGCAGAGUUGGAAAACAAAACACUGCAUGGCAGGCUUUAUUGCAAAUGCACACACACCAGCUCAUGAACACACGCACACACAUGCACACUCUUCCUGGAAUUAUAUGUUCUGCUCCCAAAUCUUUUUUCACAGUAGGAAUUUAGCAACUGUUGUUUAGUAGAAGAGUAUCUUAGCUCUCAGCUGGAGGUAACAAACGAUUUCAAAUCCUUUUGAGGUGAGAAAUCAGCUUGGUCUCAGUCCCAACAAUCAGCCACAUAUCCCUCGCUACAGAUUGUGCCUCUCAUUUAAUCAGCAUUUUUUACUUCAGAGACUCCGGUUACAUUGUUGGUUACGAUUGAGUGUAUCAGCCACUGUUUUCAACAAAAAUAAAUAGAAGUAAAACAAUUGCAGCAGGUCUUUUAGUGAGAUGUUGAUAAUCCUCAAAGACCCGUUUAUCCUGCCACAUGUAAAGUAAAUAUGAAUGUCAUCAAGGUGAAUCCCCUAUCCCUUGACCCAAACAAAGAUAAACAAAGAAAAACCCCUAGGGGAAAACAGUCAUUUAACCUGAAAAUCAGGUUGUUAGGCAAAAUGUCAUUGGGAUCACAGACUUUUUUUUGUUCGAUGUAGAUGCUGUCAAUGCACAUUUCACACUAUUCCACUGAUCAAAAGUUGGCAGUUGUAGCACACAGAGAAGCAUUGCAAUGUACCAAAUGAGACAAAGAAGAAGAAGACUUUGUAGCUAGCGAACAUGUCUUUACACAAUGCAGCAUCUAAAAUACUCCUGUCCAGCCACACACACACACACACACAGAUUUUAGAGGUGCCCUUUGUUUCACCCGAGAAAUCUGGACUUGGUGCAUCUGGCUGAUGGAAAUCAAAUGUAGUAUGUUACGGAUAUCUUGACUCAAAACUACCUACGUCACUAUCUUUUAGUAGAGACAUGCAAUA